AAAAAACGGCGUGAAACACGCUUUGAAACGGCUUUGUUGUCGUUCUCUAAUCCUGAAAGAUGUGUUACAACUGGAGUCAUAUAGCAGACCUUGAGCUUUACCUUCAUGACAGAGAUACUGGAAUGGUGACUUGUCAUUGUACCAGAGCAUCCAUCAGUGAUAGAGCUUUAUGCAGAUUAGGAUACAAAGCUGAAUAUGAAGAUUCUAGUGAUGAGGAAAGUGAUGGGAAUAGCAAUGACAACAUAACCAGUUCUGAGAAAGAGGAUGAGGGAGGUGGAGAGGAUGAAGAUGACAAUCAAGAUGACAGAGCUGAAGAGUCUGAGGAAAAGGAAUGUUUAGAUGAAGAGGCAGCCCUUAUGGCAGCUCUUGGUCUACCAACUUCUUUUGGUGCAAAAGAAGUUCCUACAAAGCCAAAGAAAAAAAAAUCACAUGGACGGAAAAGAAAAAAGCAGAGCAAAAGAAAGAAGAAAUCCUCCGCAACGAAUUACACCAAUUCCUUUGUUGAUAUUGGAGAUAUAACAGGCUACAGAGAACUGGAAUUUGAGCCAGCCUGGCACAGCUACUGGGAACAGUAUGGAGAAUAUUUAGUAUGGGAGGGAUGGGUAAAUAAAUAUCCAGAACAGAUUGAUUCUGGAAUGUACCUAGGAGUCCCCUGCAUUGCGGAGGUAGAAGUUGGCGGGGAGGAGAAUGAGCAAGGAGAGAAUGCAGUGAAAGAAAAGGAAGAGUUAGAAGAGAAUGAACCUGUUGUAUUAACUUCAAAAGAUAAUGAUAGUGUUGAAUAUUCUGGUACUGAAGUUAAUAAUGAUGAAACUGAAGAAUCGUGUGUAAAGAAUGAAGGGGACAUUUCAAACCCUGGAAGCCCCUCAUAUGUUUUGUCCAAAAGUGCUAACAGAUAUCAGGAGUCGUAUAAUACUGCCAUUGAAAAUGUUAUGAAAGAGAGAACCGAGACAGAAAUAGGGAGCCAUAACUUAGAUCAUUCAACUUCAGUCACAGAAAACAUUGCCAAUCAACAGACAGAGAUGGUGAAUUUGAUGCAUAGCUACUCAUCUUGUGGACCUUCUCAUCAAAAUGAAAGUGAGGCUGUACCUAAUGUUGGUGAAGAGAAUUCUGGGAUAAAUUGUUGGAAUGAUGGGAGUGAGUUAUCACAGGAUGAAAAUUAUGAAGUGGAAAAUUAUGAUGUAGCUUGGCAGGAGCUUUGGAAUGAACAUUACACAGAGUUGUAUUGGUUUUACUACAAUCAGUUCCUUACAGAAUUUAACAAGCUUAGUGUUCAUAAGGAUCAAGACAUUGAAUCCCUUGCAGAAGAUCAGGUCAUAAUUCAGACAAGGUCAGGUGAUGAUUUAUGUGAGGAUCUGCCAGUGGAGGAUGGAGGAGUGCCUGUUGAUAAUGAGGAAGUGACUGAAGAAGAUGAAGAGGUAGACGGAUCUGGAGAAGGGAAGAAGAGGAAAGCAGGCCACAGGAAGACACAGCAGUCUGGAGGGCAGAGUGUGUCAAGUGUAGGCAGUCACUCUGGAGUCUCUAACAGCCAGUCUUCACAAGGAACUGUGUCAGGUGGGACUGGAGAUGGAGGAGGGGAUCCUCCUGAUGAUAAGCCCAGAAAAAUCCCACAAAGUCAUGCCCUGGAUGAUUCCAUUGAAUUUGAAGAGGAUGGCAGAGAGGGAUUAAAAUUCAUGGGAUUUGCAUUACCAGAAAACAGUAAAGAUGAAACUGGAAGGUCAGCAAAAACUCCCAAAAUGACUGUAGAAAAGAUCACAUACAAAGAUAAAAAGGCUUACAGGAAAAGCAAGAAAAUGGACAAAGGAAAGCAGCCAAAACAUUUCUGGUACGAUGAGAGAGGUGAAAAGUUAACAUUCACAAAAAGUAAAACACUGAAUAAAGUGAAACUUUUCCUGGACAAAGAAGGGAAAUCAUUGGCUGAAGAUGAGACAGAGGGUGAUUUAGGGGUCAUGCCUGAUGAUGUAAUGGAUAAUUAUAGCUCCGAUUCUUCCUCAUCUUCACAGGAAAUUCCAAUGGAAAAUUCCUCAAAUACUGAACAGAAUGUGGAUCAAAACGAGGCACCUCUGGACUUUCCUAUAGAAAAGGAUGAUUUGUCUACAACAGAGGUACCUGAUGCAUGUGAAAAUGUUGAUGCAUCAAAAGCAAGUGGCAAUGGAAGGAAAAAAAAGAGGAAGAAAAAAGGGAAGGUGAAAAUGCCUCCAGAGGUGGCCAACAGUGAGGAUUUGAGGAAGUACUGGGCUCAGAGAUACAGGCUGUUCUCUAGAUUUGAUGAAGGAAUUAAGCUGGAUAGAGAGGGUUGGUUCUCCGUGACACCAGAGAAGAUAGCAGAACAUAUAGCAGAGAGAUGCCGCUGUGAUGUCAUAGUAGAUGCUUUCUGUGGAGUGGGAGGGAAUGCCAUACAGUUUGCAUUUACUUGUGAAAGAGUAAUAGCAAUAGACAUUGACCCAGACCGAGUGGCCCUUGCCCAGCACAACGCCAGGGUUUAUGGUGUGGAUGACAGGAUAGAGUUCAUCAUAGGGGACUACUUCCACGUGGCCCCAAACCUCAGAGCUGAUGUGGUGUUUUUGAGCCCGCCCUGGGGAGGACCAGAGUAUUUAGGGGCAGACGUGUUUGACCUAGAGACCAUGAUAGAACUGAAAUCCUCAGCAAUAUUUUCAGUGGCAAGAAAAAUUACAGACAACAUUGCAUUUUUUGUACCAAGAAAUGCAAAUGUUGAACAGUUGACCUCAAUGGCUGGUCCAGGAGGAAAGGUGGAAAUAGAACAGAACAUGCUGAACAACAAACUGAAAACCAUCACAGCCUACUAUGGAGAACUUGUGUUGGAGGGGGAGGGGUGUGAUGAAGAAGGCCAAGACAACAUAGUGGAGAAUGAAGAAACCGGACUAUCAGAGCCAACACAGGAAUUGACGAACACAGCGGUCUUAUCUGUUACAUCUAUGGACACCGAUGGAUCUGUGUACAGUGAACAUACAACAGAUACUCAGAGUGCUGCUGACAAUAGUUUAUCUAACAAGGGAAAAGAAGUUUCAGAACCAAGUUAAUUAGCACUGGAAAGUACCAGUGGUGUGUGUAAUUGUACAAUGUUAACAUUUCAGGUGCCUGUAUAUUAAUACAUGAAAUAUUAUUAAAUAAUUUAACUGAGCAUAUGAAUUCUUUUCAUUAUCUAUC